UUUGGGAACAACCUCAUUCUCGGUCCGGGGGAGGGCAUCAUUUCACACAUACUGCCGCUAAAGCUAACUAGCUCACGAUGGCCGGACAGGAGGAUCCAGUGCAACGAGAAAUUCACCAAGACUGGGCGAAUCGGGAGUACAUCGAAGUGAUCACCAGCAGCAUUAAGAAAAUCGCAGAUUUCCUCAAUUCAUUCGAUAUGUCCUGCAGGUCCCGCUUAGCCACUCUGAAUGAGAAACUUACCGCUCUGGAGAGGAGGAUCGAGUACAUCGAAGCCAGGGUCACAAAAGGGGAAACAUUGACUUAAACAUCUCUCGGGGUCCAUGACGAGGACAAGAUGACUACAAACAUUCACCUCCUGUCUACAUCUCAACAUGAAUUAUUCAAAAAGAAUUCCAACUGGCUGGCUCUGAUAGAUCAGUUAAUUUAUGUAUGGGACCAUUUUGACGAUGCCCGAUUAUGGCUGACGUCAUGUACGUCUAGGCCUCCAUUCUUCUGGACUGUCAGAUAACCUGUUACUGUCUCUGUUGUGCUUUCCCAUGUAAACAGCCCAAUUUAGUGUCUUUUGGUUCUGACCUAGUUUUUAAACCAUUUUGAAAGGCAAAUUAUAUUAACGGUAUUGUAAAGUAAGACUGAAAUUACAUAGGAUAAACAUAUAUUUUGCUUCUUGAGUUUUGCCCUCUUGUGUUUUACCAGACUCUAUUCUGUUAUUGUUAAAUUUAUAAAUGAGUGUUGAAAUGCAUUGCCACCUGCUGUACAUUAAUCAUGCUACAAAUAUCUGCACAUGAGAAAUGCCAGUUAGAGGUGGGAGUGGAUGAAAAGCACUAAAGUGCCAAUUAGACUGUUUUUAAAGCAAUUUUAUGUUGUUGUAGUGUCUUGUGAUGCUGGUUUUGUGGAAAAACAUAAAAAAAACCAGCCAUGUCUAUACUGUUUUAUUUUAAUUGUCAAUCAAUGGUGUAAUCACCAAGUAUUUCUGUAUUUGUAUGGUUCUCUUCAAGUAAAGAAUACAUCCCUGGCUGUAAUCAGUAUGCUCCAAAGAAAUGAUAGUUUAAUCAUGUAUUUCAGCAUUAUUUUAUUUCAGUGUUUUUAAUGAAUUGGUAAUGUUUUGAUUUUUGUAAAGAUCUCAAAAACCAAAGCACUCUUUCUGAUAGUUGGUGAAUUUGUGUUGUGAGAAUUAUAUUAUGUUGUAUGUCAUUACAUGAUAACUUUGUUGCUUAUUCCAUAAAAACCAACCCUGUUUGAUUGUA